GCCGCAGUCAGUUAGCUCCUCCAGCGGGAAUGGAAAAUGGAUGACUGACCCGAAGAACGAGGGCAUAUCAUCGGUAUUUCUAGCCUUUAGAUCUUUUGACCUUGUACCAAGACAGAUGACUACUGGUGCAAGGCUUUUGCUUUGUUUGAAGAACAACUCUGUUAAUCAUCACUGCUGAACUGCAGACAUUCUGUUUGACCGUAGUGAUUGUCUCGAUCAUCUAUGGAGGAGAAUGCGAGCCCUGAGCUUUGUGUAGCUCCUGAAACAGAGCAGAGCCAGGACAGUAUGGAUAGCUGCUCUCAAGGAUUUGGUGAAGGGAAUAGAUCGCAGAAAGAACCGCUUCAAACCGAGAGCGAGAAUGUGGCCAAAGAGACGAUAGAGGAGCCAGAGAACUCUUCCCCGGCCAACAGUGAGUUAAAGAAGACCUGGUCUUUCCGCCGGUCGACUGUUGCAAAAAGAGAGAUGCCAGUGGAGGCAGUAACCGACUGUCCUGUACGGCGCAGCGGCAGGCAGCCUAAGCGCACUGACAAACUAGAGGAAUUCCUAUCGACCGCCAAAAGAGGGACAAGAAGAAGCGCCCCUCCUAGUCUGGAGAGUGGAGAUCCUCCUUCCCAAACCCCAACUGAUGCAGAGACUGCCUCAGAGGCCAGCUUCGAUGGAAAUGUUGACACCAAGGCUGCAGAGGACAAGACAGAGUCCCCCGAGAGGAAGACGAGAAGCAGCACAAGGAAGCAGCCCCAACGGAAAAGUCGAGGUGGCAGACAGACUCGAGGAGGCGGUGGAGUGACAGUCAAAGAUGAGGGGAGCUCUGAGAAUGAUGAAGACAGCAGAGACGCUGCCAAGAAAGACCAGCUACAGGAUAAAGACGAAGAGAAAAAAGACGGAGAGAGUAAUCCCAGUCCUGAAGAUGUAGAGGGCACUAAUGCAGCACAGCCUCAGCCAGAGCAGGACUCUGGGGAGAAGGAGGUUGUCGAGGAAGAGAACCAACACGGAGAUGAAAACGACAAAGAGGAAACGGAGAAGGACUCGGACAAAGAGACUGACGAGGAAAGCACCGGCAAGCCUGCAUCGAUGACUGUCAAACGUGGACCCAUAAGAACAUACAUCAAUAAAAAGAGGGCAGCCACUAAGAGCACCACCCCUGUUAAAGGUCCUGCCCCCGCCAACAAGAUCACCACUCCUGUCAAGAGGGAGACGAAGCCGAAAGCCACCCAACCUUCAGGAGUAAUGCGCAACCCACAAGGCGACAACGAGGAUGAGAAUGACUCUUCGAUGUCUUCAUCUUCGUCCUCCACAUCGUCUUCCUUGGAUUCAGAUGAGGGAGGUUAUGACCCCAAUGCACUUUAUUGCAUCUGUCGCCAGAAACACAACAAAAGGUUCAUGAUCUGCUGUGACCGCUGUGAGGAGUGGUUCCAUGGAGACUGUGUGGGCAUCACUGAGGCCCGCGGGCGCCUGAUGGAGAGAAAUGGGGAAGACUACAUUUGCCCCAACUGCACCGCUAAGAAACAGCAGCUGGUCCGACCCGCCACUUCUAUUCUCUCCUCUAACAUAGACCUGGGGAAGGCCCGAGCGCAGACUCUCUUAUUUUCUGCUGCAACCUUUGGGCUAGACGCCAGUAUGAUAGGUGUUCAGUUGGGGGCGGCACUUCCACCCUCCACCAUAGGAGCUGAAGAGAGGGGAUCAGAGGACCAGGGCAUCAAAGGCAGGAUAGAAAAAGCCACUAAUCCAACUGGGAAGAAGAAGAUUAAGAUCUUUCAGCCGCAGGCCGCACAGCAGCCAACCCAACCAAAAGCAGUCCAGAAAGCCGCACCAGCUGUGGCGAAGAAGGCCGAGCCGAAAGCACAACCAGAGGCGGAGCAGAAAGUGGUGUCAAACGUAGAGGUGAACACAACACCAACAGGGGGGGGGCCAGAGGAGAAGCCUGGGCCGGAGGAGAAGCCUGGGCCGGAGGAGAAGCCUGGGCCGGAGGAGCAUCCUGGGCCGGAGGAGAAGCCUGGGCCGGAGGAGAAGCCUGGGCCGGAGGAGACGCCCCCAGAGGAGAAGCCUCCAGAGGAGACUCCCCCAGAGGAGACACCCGGGCCGAAAGCUGCGGACGAGUCUUCCCUUCCCAAAUGCAUCGGUCCGGGCUGUGAGAACAACGCUCAGCAGGACUCUGUGUACUGUGGUAACGACUGCAUCCUGAGACACGCUGCUGCAGCCAUGAAGUCCAUCACUGACGUCAAGGAGCCCAAGCAGAAGGUCAAGGCCGCGGAAAAGAAAACCAAGGCUGCACCAAAGAAGAGUGCCGCUGGUGGCAAGAGGAAACAAAAGGAAGCAGAGGAGGACUCGGACAGCGACGGAGACUACAGCUCGGAGCCAGAUGAUGAGGAGGAGGAUGAUGACGACGACGAUGAUGAGGAUGAUGAUGACGACGAAGAGGAGGAGAACGCUGAGGAACAACCGCCCCCGCCGGCCACUGCAUCCUGGUCCAGCGACCAUAAUUACAUUGCAGUAACACCAGAAAAGACUACACCCAUAUCACCAACAGUUUUAAACAAAAAGUCCCCCCCUAAGGAAGAGAAGCAGAGUGAGAAGGAACCAGCUCCUGCUCAAGCAAAAGCCCCUUCUUCUAAAGGGAACAAGAAGUCCACGGCGACUAAAGCAGCCAAGGUUUCCCCAAAGGGCAGGAAGCCUCAGACCACCACCUCGAAGGCGUCAAAGAAACCUGCGACACCUCUGAGUAAAACUGCAGCAAAGUCCAAGAAACCCGGUCCGCCACCCGUCCAAAACAAGUCUCGCUUUCCUCAGGGUCCCAUCCACGCCACAGGAGCGCUGAGAGUCACCAAGUCCAACUUUACCAUUCCUAAGAAGCAGCCCCCACAAAAGGAACCUCCAUCCUCUUCGUCUUCCAGAGUCCCAUCAACUCCACCCCCUUCAGUUCCCUCCAGCCACUCCUCAUCCUCCAGACCUCCACAUCCAGCUCCUUCUGCGCCCACUGUGUCCCCCGUGCGGCCCCCACCAAACAACCAGAUGAGAACAAACAUCCGCCGCUCGCUGACUGACAUCAUCUUUAAGAGGGUGAGCGACAGUGACGACCUGAAUAUGAAUGAGCCUGAAGUGUCCAAGCUGUCGGUUGCCAUUGAAAAGGAAAUGUUCAACCUCUGCCUUAGCACUGACAGCAAGUACAAGAACAAAUACAGGUCCCUCAUGUUCAACCUGAAAGAUCCCAAGAACAAAGGCUUGUUCUACAGAGUGGUGGGUCGUGAGGUCAGUCCCUACAGGCUGGUGAGACUGAGCGCUGAAGAGCUGCUUUCCAAAGAGAUAUCUGAGUGGAAGAAGCCUGAUACUGCUGAGGCCCACUCUCCCGGUGCAAGGGCCCAUUCAGGGCACUCUAAACUGGGCAACAGGCAUGACUCUCAUAGCAUGGAUAUGGAUGACGCUCCACCAACAUCUGAUGGAGAUGUAUGUAUCUCUGCCAACACUUCAUCUUCUCGCAUGGCCGCUGCUGCAGACCAAGAUGAGUCGAUGCCCACUCCUACAGCCUCGGCUCAGCCCUCUGCUGCAGAGGGGAACAGUGGCGGCAGCAUGCCAGACAUUUUCAGUACAAUGCUCAAGGACACUACUUCUGAACACAGGACUCAUCUGUUCGACCUCAACUGUCUGAUAUGCACAGGUCAGAGGUCAGAAGAUGAGCCUGCAGCUAAGAAAGCCAAACUGAUCAAGAAGCCUGACACUAAGCCUCUGAGACACGAGCCGCCCUCCUCCAGGUCGGGGGACGUGUCUCCUCCUGUCCAAGUCCCUCCAUCCUACCAGCCGACUGUGGAGCCAGCUGUCCCAGAGCCACAGCCACAGCUGGACCUCAGUAUGCUGGCUCCUCCGGCCCAGGCCCCCACACCCAUCGCCCCCAUCGUGUCCUCAGUCAGCAUCACCCGCAGAGACCCCCGCAUGGCCAGGCACAGCGCCGCGGUGACUGUCACCUACCCGGCUGCAGAGAGACUCCCCAACAGCUCAGCAGAAGCCCUCCCAGCUCCCCUCAGCGCUCCAGUGGAUGUCGCACCCAAAGCUCCGCUGCCGAUGCCCCCGGCUCCCCCCCCUUCAGUGGCUGCCUCCAAACCAGGGAAAACAAGUUCAUCCGAGCCCCCUCCUGAGGGCGAGACGGCGAUCUUCCUCCACGGUCAAGAGAAGAUCUGGAAAGGACUAAUCAACAUGCAGUCUGUGGCCAAGUUUGUGACCAAGGCUUAUCUGGUGUCAGGAUCCUUUGAAUACCUGAAGGAGGAUUUGCCAGACACCAUUCACAUUGGAGGACGGAUAUCUCCAAGCACAGUGUGGGACUACGUUGGAAAACUGAAAACCUCACUCUCAAAGGAACUAUGUUUGAUCCGUUUCCACCCGGCCACAGAGGAGGAGGAAGUGGCAUACGUCUCUCUCUUCUCCUACUUCAGCAGCAGGAAACGAUUUGGUGUGGUGGCUAACAACAACCGACGUAUCAAAGACCUCUAUCUCAUCCCUCUGAGCUCAAAGGACCCAUUACCCUCCAAACUCUUACCGUUUGAUGGGCCAGGGCUUGAACCUGCUCGUCCUAACCUCCUCUUGGGUCUGCUGAUCUGCCAAAAGGACAAAAAGCGAGCUGGUGGUCCGUUAGAAACUGAGGAAAAACGAUCAAAGAUUCAAAACAGAGAUACUGAUGACACUGGCCUUCCAAAAAUAUCUUCUUCAGUCAGAGGGGACAGAAGCUCGCGACAGAGUCUGGAAAUCCCCUUCAGCACCACUCCUCCAGGGUCACCUCCUUCUAACUCUUCUGAGACCUCCAGCAGCACCACAGCCACCUCCUCGGUCUUUUCCCUUUUGUCCUCUUUCAAAGCUACAUCCACUGUCACCGGCAAGGAGUCACCAUCCUCAUCCAGCUCUGUUGCUUCCUCUGCUGCUACGCCUCUUCAAACGAUCCUCAACACUCUUUUUGGGAAGAAAAAGCACGACUCAGAAGCUUCCAACUCUCCGUCUGAUAACAGUGGGGAACUCACCAUCCCGUCCGCCUCAAUGCUUGACCCCAUUGUGCAGCAGUUUGCACAGAGUUCGAAAGAGAAACAGGUGGAGGAGGACGAAGAUGACCGACCGUACGAUCCAGAAGAAGAGUAUGACCCCAGUAUGGGCUACAAUGUGCCUAAGAAGUCUGUGGAGAUGGAGAUCAAACCUAAAAUCUCUAAGCAGCCUGAGGUGGUUGCAAAUGAAGCUGAUGAUGUAGCUUACGAUCCAGAGGAUGACUCAAUUUUUGAAGAUGUCAAACCUGUUGUACCAGUUCAAGUUAAGGUUGAGUCUCUUACUGAUGCACAAAAGAUCUUGGAGAGCCUAAAACAGUUUGGGGAUCAAGCGUUCCAGAAACAGGGAGAACUUCAAAAAUCCUCUACUGUGACACCUGAUGUUUCAUUGACACUUCCAGACACAUUCUUAACCACACCUGUAACAUCCCUUUUGGCCAAUUCUCAGCUACUGCAGCUUGGCAAAAAGGUUGAGGAACUAAUAAAGUCUACAUCAGUUGCUCCCUUGAUCAACCAAAGGAGAGAUCCCCGACAGAGCAGGGAUCCUCGCCAGGCUGCGGACGACAACAAACCGACUGAAGAACCUGAGGAGCAAGAAGAACCAUCUGCUCCGGUGGUGGAUCCUCCAGCUGUUUCACAACCUGUGGUUCAAGAGGCUAAUCUGGAUAAAGUUACUGAACUCCCAGACUCCUCAGAAGCCCAAGAGACAACGCUGCCUCUUGAGGAAGUGAAAAGCGAGACGCUACCCUUCCUAACGUCAGACGAAACAGAGGUAGCAAUUCCAUUAUUAGGAGAGGACGUGGAACCUGAUAUGGAAGUCAACUAUAUGGAUGAGCCAGAAGUCAAAACUGUGGAAGCUGAGCCAAUCAAGCCAGAAACAGAAUUGGACAAGUACAGUAUUUGGCCAAAUGCUGCCAGUAUCUUAAAAGCUAAUGAAGAAUCAGAUUAUGAUGAUAAUAGCCAAGAUGUGCCAUCCAGAAGUUAUUAUAACGAGCAUGCAAACACAUCCCAAAGACCUUCCACAAUCCCAGUACUCACUCAGAGCACAAAAAUGGUCGACACUCCACACUCGCUUGAGCACCAUCACAUGCCGCAUCACAGGUCAGGCUUCGAUAGAGAGUACAGACCUCCAGCUGACAUUCCCCCCCCAUCAAACUUCCCCCCGCACCAUCCGAUGCAGGGACAAAAUAUUGUUUUAAGGCCUCCUCCGAUGUCUAUACCACCACACAUGCAGGGCCACCCUCCAGUGUCAGGCCACCCUCCUAUGCAGAGACCCCCUCCACCCAUGCAUGUUCAUCCCCCUGUCCGUGGUCCUCCCCCUAUGCAGGGUGAUAACAGCCAACAAUAUGGUCCACGUCCAACUGCAUACCCUCCUUAUCAGAACCAGUGGCAAGGCUCCCAACCACCGCCGCAGCAGCUUCCUUCUGUACCACCUCCCCAUAAUAUCAUGCCCCUCCGAGGACCACCACCACCACAAUUUCCUCCAAUGGCCCAGAGAGGCCCUGCUCCCCAAAUGUUUAAUCCCUCCAUUCCCCCCCAGCACAUUGUACAGCAAGGUCUCCCUCCAGGCCUGCACCCACCUCCUACUUUUGAUGGACAGAAUCUUCCACCAAGAUUUGGGGGCCUCCCACCACCACCAUUUAACUUCCCUGCAAACAGAGGUCCUCCUCCACCUUUCGCUGGGCCACCCCAUAGUCACUUUGAAAACAGACUCCCUCCUCCGUCCCACUUUCAAGGGCCCAGGGGUCCCCCGCCACCUCAGUAUGGUGACCAACGGGCUCAACCCGCAAUGGGGGACCAACCUCGAGGCCCUGCAGAACAUUAUAACAGAGAAAACCCUAACUCUUUCAAACCAAACGUGGAGCAGAAUCCAAACCCUCUACAUAUUUAUAAAGACAGUCAGGGUCCCCCGCCAGGUCCAGCCUACCGGGGUCCGCCACAUAAUCAGUAUGAGGACAGAAGAGGUCCACCUUCCAUUGGCGAGGUAAGCGGACAGCACUUAAAUCCUCAUAACCAGUACGAGAGCUCCAGACCCCUCUCUUCACCUCCACGUCGAGGAUCUUUUGAUGAGCACCGGGGUCCCCCCCCUCAGGAGAAUAGACCCCAUCCCUCUGAGCGUUUUGGAGGAUCCGAGCGAUACCGCUUGGACAGGCACUCUGAUGAACCUAGAGCUAUCCGUCACUCUGGGCCUCUACUGCCAACUCCUCCAGAGGCUCCCAUUGGUCCUCCGAGUCGGAUGGGAGCUCACAGUCCAGACUUGCACCGGGAAGACCCCUGGAGGCGCCACUCUCCUGAAAUGAGGAGGAAGAGCAGCUCCACCCGAGAGGACUCAGAACCUCACAUCGGAGAGCGCUUCAGUCGCUUCGAAGGAGGGCAUAGAGAACCUGCUCCUGGUCCCUUACAACCCUCUGAAGAGAGACAGAGGGAGCUGUCCGAGGACCGCCGGAGGGAAAGAGAACGGGAUGUCCCACACCCAGGCAGGCCCUUAUGGGACAGGGGCCAGGACAGGCGGUGGAGCAGAGAGCCGGAGUGGGAUAGAGCCAGAGAAAGGGACCAUGAUCCAGAGCGUAACCGGGAAAGAGAACGCGAUCCCGAGCAUCCCCGGGAAAGAGAACGCGAUCCCGAGCAUCCCCGGGAAAGAGAACGCGAUCCCGAGCAUCCCCGGGAAAGAGAACGCGAUCCGGAGCAUCCCCGGGAAAGAGAACGGGAUCCGGAGCAUCCCCGGGAAAGAGAACGCGAUUCGGAGCAUCCCCGGGAAAGAGAACGGGAUUCGGAGCAUCCCCGGGAAAGAGAACGCGAUCCCGAGCGUAUCCGAGAAAGAGAACGCGAUCCGGAGCGUAUCCGAGAAAGAGAACGGGAUCCGGAGCGUAUCCGAGAAAGAGAACGGGAUCCGGAUCGUACCAGAGAAAGAGAACGGGAUCCGGAUCGUACCAGAGAAAGGGAACGGGAUCCGGAUCGUACCAGAGAAAGGGAACGGGAUUCGGAGCGCACCCGGGAAAAAGAUGUUGAUCCGGAGCGCAGCCGAGAAAGAGAACGCGAUCCUGAGCGCAACAGAGAAAGGGAUCACGAUACGGAGCGUCCUCGAGAACGGGAUCCGGAGCGUACCAGAGAAAGGGAUCCGGAGCGUCCCCGAGAAAGAGAUCAUGAUCUGGAGCGCAGCCGUGAAAAAGAACGGGAUCCGGAGCGUACUCGGGAAAGAGAGCGCAGCAGAGGGAAGGAGGGCGAGAAGGCCAGGGAGACGGAGGUGGAGCGACACAGGGAUCAAGACACAGACAAGAGAAGAGACCGGGAAAGAGACAGAGCCAGGGAUUCUGACAGGAGGGACCACGACCGCGAUAGAGGGAGAAACCGAGAACGAGAGCGCGAGCGUGAUCGAGAGCGGGACAAAAAACGGGAUAGAUCCCGUAGCAAGGAAAGAGACCGGGAAAGAGACCGUGGGAAAGACCGAGUCAGAGAGAAGGAGAGAGACAGAGAGAGGGACAAAGACAGGGAUCGUCGGGACGGGAGCAGAAGCCGAGAUAAAAGAGAGGAAAAAAAGGACAGUAAACACGAUACACCUAAGGAGAAGGACAAAACUGCAGAAAAUGACAAGAACGUGUCCUAGUCAGUUUUAAGGACACUAAACGAAAGAGAGUUCAAUCUUUCACCGGUUGAAAAAGAGUUGUAUCACUGUAAAUGUAGAUGAGCAGUAUUUCGUAAAAUGUCCACAGUUGUAUUCAUACUAGAAAGUUUGACAAUGUUUGUAUUAUUUUUGUCACUUAAAGGUUUCUAACUUGUUUUACCACAUUUGAAAAACAAAAAACUGAAGGCCAUUUUUGUUGCUUGUGUACAAGAUGUUUAACGUGGGCAACAGAGUCCUAUUACACGUACCUUUCUCCUUUCCAAGCAGUUCUUUUUUUUUAAGAAAACAAUAAUGUAACACCAUUUGCAAUAUGUAAAUAUGAAUGUAUUUGUGUAUAUACUGAUGUUUUUAAUCAUACUUUUCUAAGUAGUGAAAAAUUAAAGCCAUAUAUCUGAGAUGGAUAAUGUGAAAGUAAAGGAAACACUGUUUACAGGCAAAUGUGUGUUUAAUGUCUAGCACCAAUGAAGCGAAAGGCUCCAACUAUCUACAAUAUUCAUCCCAUCAAUGGUUGUAAAUGAUAUGUCCUGGUUUUGUUUCAGCUCAACCAAUUAAACCUGUUUGAUGACAUCUUCCUCUGCUGUUGUCAAUACAAAGUUAAACAAAAACAGUUUUGAAUAAAUCAAGUCAUGUGAAA